AUGAUGGGCGGUGAAGUCAUCGUCGAGAAGAACCCGGAGAGCAAAUUCUGCGUGGCGAGCAAGGAGCCGCUGUGCGACAGCGUCAUAUGGGACCUGCUGCAGAACUACUACCGGAGGGCAGCCAUAAACGCGUGGAAGGAAAAUGUUGUGCCCUCCUUCGUUACGAGCAACAGCAAAAUCGCCAAGGACUACGCCCGAGUGAUAAUUAAUUAUAUGAAGGACUGGUUUAACAGCAAGGAGUGUGACAGAAAUGUGCCCAUAUAUAUAUUAGAAAUAGGAGCAGGUCAUGGAAAAUUUACGUACCUCAUUUUAAGAGCAUUAAGCAGGUAUCAGAAAUAUUUUAAGAGCAUGAAUCUUCCAGACAGGCCAUUUGUGUAUGUAUUUACAGACAUCGCAAAGGAUAACAUCACGUAUUGCAUGAACAAUGGGAGGUUGAAGCGAUUCAUCAACACGAGGGAGAGUUGUGACCGAACCUUCACAAGUAAGAAUAACUCUUACUAUGAUUCCGAGUUUGAAAGAAAUGAAGAAAUCAAUUACGACUCGUCUACAAACACAUCAAGCUAUUCCUCCUCGUAUAACGAUACGGAUUAUUCAGAUGAAAGGGUAAGAAAUUACGCCAACUUUUCCAUGCUCGAUUUUGCCUACUUUGAUGGGAAUGAAACGGAGGAGAAAAUUUUUCUACAAGUCUCCAAAACUUACAUUCCUGAAAAUACACCCAUAGUGCUAAUUUGCAAUUAUGUGUUGGAUUCUCUGCUCACCGAUGCUUGGAUUGUUAAUGGAGAGGAUGACAUCAGGAGGGCGCUUCUUUCUGUGUACUCGCCCAAUGUAGAGGAAGACAAAACGAAUGCAGAUAUUAUGCUACGUAUGUCUGUCACAUGGGACUGGGAAAAAGUCAAUAUCGAUGAAGAAAUUAAGAAGCCCAAAACAGAUAAGCCAUCCGAUUAUUUAAGAAAACAUAGAGAAAUUUACACAGUGUUGAAGUUGUAUUCCUAUUUUAAUCAAACAUUGUCUUUUGUCCUUCCAGUGGGAGCAUUCAUUUUAUUUGAUAGGAUACUAAAGUUGAGUGGAAACAAAUUAUUGUGCCUUAUUGGUGAUAAGGGUUACCAAUCGUAUGAAGAAUUUAAGGGCUAUAGAGAUCCACAUAUUGUCGUGCAUGGAAGUCUCUCCUUUAUGGUUAACUUGAACGCCAUUUGUCUGUACUUCCUAUCCCGUGGUGGGCAUUACAUUCAUACCCCCUACUCGGACACAUUUCAAAUCGUCACUCUGUUGAUGCAUAAGAAGAAUUAUGAGGGGAGUGGAGACUACGAAUCGGAGGUGGAAAAAGGGGUCUUUCCAUCAGCGAGAAAUAGCCUUGGCGAUGAAUCGAACUUGACUUACUCCACCUUAACCGAGCGGAUGAGAAAGGAUUCGCGAGGAGGAAUUAAUCAGUUUAAUAUUAUUGACUAUUUUAAGAAGGGCUCCAAAGAUGGGAACCCGAGGAGGAGGUACCAGAACCAAGUGAGCACGACGUCGUCCUCCUGCAGGUUGAAGGGAACCACGGGGGUGAGCAGAACGGAUGCAAGCACAACCGAUCUAAGCAGAACCUAUCUGAGGAGUCGCUUGUCGGGUCGCUCCCGUCAGAACGAUGAAAGUGUGUACAAAAAGAUGAAAAAAAUAAACUUAAAAAAUUUAAACAACAUGUCGAUAAAGUUCGGGGGAACUAUUUCGUCCUUCUUCGACAACAUGGAGCAGUUUCCACCCGAUGUCUUGAUAAACUGGCAAAAAGCAGUCAUCCACAACAUCAAUAAUAACCCUGCUAAUGUGAGCAUAAAGGAGCUCAUCGCCCUAUUGAGGUACUCCAAUCACGACUCGGAUGUUUUUUACAACAUAAGAAAUGUCUUCACCAGUUUGGUUAACUACCCCAAUAUCAAUGGAAGGACAGAGAAGGACAUUCUCCUGGACAUAAAAGAAUGCUAUGAUAAUUAUUACUCUUUGAAGUCAGACGAAGAUAUCGCCGAUGUGUGUGGUCAUGUGUGUAUGAAAUUUGGUGAGUUUGAGAAGGCCAUAUAUUAUAUGAAACAAAGCCUGCGCAAUUUUCAGCAAAGUCGACACUCCUCAACCUACAUUAACAUUGCAUCAUGUUAUAAGGUGCUCCGAAAUUAUCACAAAUCGAUUAAAUUCAUAAGAUGCGCGAUUAAGUUGUCCAACCGGGAGGCUCGAAGGAGGGUUCCGAGUGGGGAGGAAGGAGAAGCGGGACAACACUCACACGGGGAACACAGUGGACGUGGACAACUCGCCCCCAACAACCUGAAUCACGCGCACGACCUGUUGUAUAAUAUCCAAUUUUGCCUGAACCCAAUUACCUACGCCAUCGUGGGGGUCAACCACUUCUUGCAGAAUGACGGCCUGUACUACCUCUCCUUCGAAAAUCGAAUAAAACUUAAGUUCAUUUUUCUGCUCGCCAAGGAGGAGGAAGCAAUCCUACGCUUCAUGAACAGGAAGUACAAAAGUUCCGCCUAUGAGAAGAGCACCCGUAAUAUGGACCCCUCCGAUAUUAAGAUCGUCAGGGUUUACCGCGCGAAUGAGGUGAUCUCCAUGGAGGAGGUGGACACCAUCCCACUCAGUGGUGGCAAAGAGACGGGCGUAACCCACUCUGCAGAGAACCAAGCGGAGGAGAAAAACCGAUCCUACCAGAAUGUAGCCCACUUGAAGAAGAACCUCCGAGACUGCCUAGCGAAGUACCACUUCCAGUUCUGCGUAAUCGACGCUCCGUGGCCAAUAAAGGCAGACAUGGCAGAGUUGAUGCUAGAGCACUCGAAGCAUCUGUUCACCUAUGGUACCCUAUCUGACUGUAGUAACCGCUCCAUGCAGGUGAUAUCAAAGUAUAGAGAAGUUUCUGAACAAGUCAGUUGGGUAAACAAUAACUACGUCCACGACGAGUGUCUGUACGAUGCGAGAGAUGCACUGAACCAUAUUGGGAGCGUCAUAUCGGUGACAAUUACUCAUUACAGCAUGAAUUUGUACAAUAAGCAAAAUGGGUCCAUCCCCAGUGCGCACAUUUUGACCGAAGAUCUGUGCAUCCUUCUGAAUGGCCUGCAGAUUAUCUUGAACCUGAACGUGACGGGCUUGACAGCCAACUUUUUGAGGCGCCGGGGGGGGGAAGCGGCGAGCAAAGGGGUGGCGAGCAAAGGGGAGACGAACGAGAGGCCAGGCGACAAAUUAGUAGCGGAGAGGGAGGAGCAGGUGGAGAAGAUGGCGGAGAAGAAUACCCAGCCGAAUGGUGAACCUCCUCUGGAAGACGCCAAUUCAGACGUAGCCUCGGAAAAGAAGGAUAACACCCACCUAGACGCAGACUACAUAUCCCUCUCAGGCAUACUAAUCUUCCAGCAUCACAAAACAUUACCAGAUGAAAUAAACGUGCACGGGAACUACCUCCUAAUGAAUAACCGAAAUGAAGAGUUUUUAACAAAAAUUAAUUUCGUUGGGGUUCACGGAUCCUUAUGCUUAAAAAAAACGUUAUCUAAUUGGUCAGUCCAAGUUUUUAACCUGAACGAUACGAAGGUGUACGAGAAAUCGGGUCGCAUUUCAGCUAGCCAAAAUUCGAACGACGUGUUCAUAAGUCAGUAUUUGAUAAAAACAGAUGGGAAGGAAAACCGGGUGAAGCAUUUUAACGAGUAUGACUUGAAGGGUUCCUGCAACGGUUCCAAUGACUCCAUCGACUCGGACAUUGACAUUUUGGAGUUUUCUUCCGACGAGGAAUGGGGAUCCCACUCAAAGGGGUCUCCUCAAGUGGGGGCCUCUUCCGGCGCCAUCCUCGAUGUUGAGAAGAAAGAAUGCUGCGAUGAGGUGGAGCCUACGAAAGAGCACUAUGAAGCAGUGGCCACGAGAACCAAUCACGAUGAGCUAUUCUUUGAUAAAAAUUCGGAAGUUCUGAAGGGCUUGCCAGGAAGGAGGUUCCAUUCCAGUGGCAAGGAGGUAUACGAAAAUAUAAACUUGGACGAGUCACUGGUCGACGUCACGGUUAAUAACAACUGCUUUUACUCGAGGAUCGUGGAGGGGAUACAGAUGUCCCAAAAGAAGGGGGGUGCGAUGGUUCACUUUAAGUACAAGGCGGUUUGA